GAGCCAGUAUAAAGGUCUGGUGCAGCCCCUAUUUCCUGCCUUUGACUGUGCUUGGCUAACCUUGAUCAAGUGGACAGCUCAUAAUGAAAGUGCUCUUUCUUUCCCUGUAUGUGUGCUUGGCUAUUUCUCUGAACCAUGUGGCUCAAGCCCACCAUGCUGUCACCAUGGCAGCAGAUGAACCUGAGGGCCAUUCACAUUCUAAAGUGGGGGACCAACAUGAUGUAAAACUUGACCGCUGUGAAGGAAUUGAGUUUGAUGCUAUUACCCCAGAUGAAAAAGGAAACACUUUCUUUUUUAAAGGUGACCAUCUAUGGAAAGGUUUCUCUGGGCCAGCUGAGCUCUUAAAUACCACAUUCCAAGAACUGUAUGAUUAUCAUCACCUGGGUCAUGUUGAUGCAGCCUUUCGCAUACACCAUCAGGAUGAUCCUAAAGCUCAUGACCACAUCUUCUUUUUCCUGGAUGACAAAGUGUUUAGCUAUUACAACUAUACUCUGGAAAAAGGCUAUCCUGUAAAGAUCCAGCAGGAGUUUCCUGGUGUCCCCAGCCACUUAAAUGCUGCUGUUGAGUGCCCAAAUGGAGAAUGCAUCACCGAUUCAGUGCUGUUCUUCAAAGGAAAUGAAGUUUAUAACUUUGACAUCAAGACAAAGUCAGUCAAGAAGAAGGUGUGGAGUCACUUGCCAAACUGCACAUCUGCAUUCCGCUGGCUAGAGCACUAUUACUGUUUCCAUGGUCACCACUUCACCAGAUUCCAUCCUGUUUCUGGGGAAGUGACAGGAACAUAUCCAAAGGAUGCUCGAAAAUAUUUUAUGAGGUGUGGCGAAGGAUUUGGUCAUGGAGCUGGUUUCAGAAAGCUGCGCUGCAGUGAGACCAAGCUGAAUGCAAUCACCACAGAUGAUAAAGGGAGAUCUUAUGCAUUCAUUGAUUCAAAUUAUAUGCGUUUGGACACACACCGUGAUGGCAGUCACCCUUUUCCUAUUGCCAGGUCAUGGAAGGAAAUUGCUGGUGGAGUGGAUGCAGUUUUUUCUUAUGGUGAUAAUAUGUAUAUCAUCCAGGGUGAUCAAAUCUAUAUCUACAAGUCAGCAGCCCAUUAUACUCUCAUAGAGGGCUACCCUAAACCUCUGAAGGAAGAGCUGGGCAUUGAGGGUCCUGUGGAUGCAGCAUUUUUGUGUGCAAAUCAGCACAUUGUACACAUCAUACAAGGUCAAAAGAUGUAUGACAUCGAUCUUGCAGCAACUCCUCGAGCUGUUAAACAGGAGAGGUUUAUUCCUUUUCCAGAAGUUGAUGCAGGCCUUUGUGAUGCUGAUGGCGUAAAGGUGUUUAUUGGUUCAGAAUACUAUGUGUAUAAAAGCCCGAUGAUUCUGGCUCUGAGCAAGAUCAGACCUCAACCUCAUAAGAUCUCCCCAGAUAAAUUUGGCUGUGAAGAAUAAAGACUCCUAAGACUACAACAAGGCCACAGCUUCUGAUUACCAACAAUUUUCACAAGCAUAUUAAUUUUCUGCUUCUCUUGUUCUAAUAAAAAAAAAUACGCUUGUUUAGCA